AUGUGGCAAAUAUGCGAUAUUGUGGGAAUUGAGGAAAACUAUACGUUGAAUACACCAUUCGAUCUGUUCCAAAAGUUUUCAAAACCACUUAAUAACGUUUUUCCUGCACACACUCGCCUACAUCGAAUAGUGCGUAUCAUUGAAGGUGAUGUUAUGGGAAAUUCCAGAGUGCCGACAGAGCUCGUUGACGACCUCUUUCACCCUCGUGCUCCUGGUGAGCGACGAACAGUGUACCCAGAACAAAUAUUACAACUUUCAGACAACGGAUUGCGAUAUAACGCCUGUUUUCAACGGUACACUCGGCAGUUUGUAGACGACCGUCCCGACCAGAUGGUUCGAUGGCAUGGAUCUGCUAUUGAGAAUGCCCUGAACAGCAUCAUUACUGUGUGGAACGAGAACGAUCGAGGUGUUGUUUCGCGAGAACGAAACGAAAAGGACCAGGCUUCCACGCGAGCAAAUGCAGCUACAUCACUCUUUUCUUGGUCGACCGAUAAAAGUUACCUUGAGCAAAAGAGAGCCAAAAAUUCCACCAGCGACCACAGUCCCCCAAAGCCAGAAGCCAGAGAAAAAUCGAGAUUCCAGACGUCCGAGUCAUUGAGUAACAAGCUCGGUCGAAUCGUGGAGAUCGAGUCGAAUAGAUUCAUACGGGCACGGCUCAAAGAGAUAAGUCUUCACCACAGCGAGCAGAUGUCGCAGCAAAUCAGUGAGCGAAAGCGUAGAGACCACGAACGACAUUUGGAGCGGUUGAAGUUGAAGGAAGAACAGUACAACAAAGAGCUCGAGCAGGCGAUGAAGGAGAAGAAGGGCGGAUUUUUUUCUCUUUUCAACUUCAGCAAUCAACAGCUGAAUGUGCUGCCUUCUAAAUCAGAUCUCUUUAACGAAACUCUCUUUGAUGUUGAGGAAGCAGAGUCCCCCUCCAAGCCGUCCUCAGUAGCGGAGAGUCCCAGAAAAAAAAUUGAUGAUGAUGCUGGUGACACUUCCGAUGAGGACUUUACUGAGUUCACGACAAGCCCGCCGCCGCUGAUGCCACCACUGGUGCUGCCACUGGUGUCACAGCUGGUUCCCACGACAGCAACUCUGAAGGUGGACCACAAGCACGAAAGUAAUGAUGUUAGUCUAUUAGAUUUAUAG